UAUAGCAUCAUGACUUUCCUUAGAGGAUCCGGUUCCAGCCACACCAUCUAGCCCGCGACGAUGACGACACAAGAAAAGGCACCCCACGCCGUCCGCCGCCGGGUCGUCUUGUUCCCGCUGCCGUUCCAGGGCCACCUCAGCCCCAUGCUCCAGCUGGCCGAGCUCCUCCGCGCCCGCGGCCUGGCCGUCACCGUCCUCCAUACCGACUUCAACGCGCCCGACCCCCCGCACCAUCCGGAGCUUGCCUUUGUCUCGAUCCACGAGGCGCUCCCGCACGUGGCCACCUCCCCCGACGCCGACAUCGUCGCGCAGCUCCUGGCCCUCAACAACGGUUGCGAGGCGCCGUUCCGGGAGGCCCUGGCAUCGCUGCUGCUGCUGCGUGAGGACGUCGCCUGCGUGGUCGUCGACGGGCAGUGGUACGCGGCGCUGGGGGCGGCGGGCGUGCUCGGCGUCCCCGUGCUCGCGCUCCGGACGGACAGCGCCGCCACGUUCGGCAGCUUACUUGCGUUCCCUCGGCUGCGCGACGCCGGCUACGUCCCCAUCAAAGAGGAGCGGCGGGACGAGCUGGUGCCGGAGCUCGAGCUGCUCCGCGUGCGCGACCUCAUCCGCAUCGACGGCAGCGACGUAGACGCGCUCUGCGGCUUCAUCGCCCGCGUCGCUGACGCCGUGUGGGCCUCAACGUCAGGGGUCGUUCUCAACUCGUUCGACGCCAUCGAGACGCCGGAGCUGGCCAGGAUAGAGAAAGAGUUGUCCUGUCCGGCGUUCGCGGUCGGCCCUCUGCACAGGAUGUGCCCCGGGCCGGCGCCGGCGGAGCACGGCCUGCACGCGCCGGACCGCGGUGUCACGACCCAGAGGAGGAAGAGAGGAGGGGAUCGAGAUCAGAUCGAGGGUAGGUGAGGAUAGCAGGUGAGAGGGAGAGAGCUUGGAGGAGGGGAAAGGGAUUUGGUUCACCAAUCACUCGCUGCCUCAUCAUCUGGUAGCCGUACAUUAAGCAGCUGCCCAUCUGGGCUCAACCCCGGGCCAAGGCCCAACACACGCUACAUGGCCUCGGGCCCAAACGCACGCCACACACUCGUUGUGGUUCAGUUAACAACAGUUAACUGAACUACACUUGCAGUCCGCUGCAGAUCGUCAUCUGCAGGCGUGACAUUGCCCCCGUCUUCUGAUGGAGCUCCCUCCCAAAUGCAGGUCGAUGGAUAGCGCUCUUUGAGGAUGUCGUAGUCUUCCCAAGUGGUGGCUGUCGAGGGUCUGUUGGACCACUGAACUUGUAGCUGGAUCACUGGUGCAUCCCCUUUCUUCAUCAUGCGACGCUCCACGAUGGCCACUGGUUCCGCGUUGCCGGUGACCAAGUCUGGUAUUUGUGGCGGCUCAGAGAAAACAGGAGUGUAAUCAGGAGUAUAAGGCUUCAACUGCGAAACAUGGAAUACCGGAUGGAUGCUGCUGUCCGCUGGCAGUUGAAGACGAUACGCCAGGGUGCCGAUUCGUUCGGCCACCAUGAAUGGACCGUAGAACUUGCAGGAGAGCUUCCGGCAGGGGCGGUUGACAACCGACGACUGCGCGUACGGCUGCAUCUUGAGGAGGACUUGUUCCCCGACGUCGAACGCGCGCUUUGCACGGUGACGAUCGACCUGCUUCUUGAAGCAUGCCUGGGCGUGGGCAAGCUGUGCACGGAGUCGUUCAGUGUGCGCGGCCCAGUCCAGUUCCCCCGUUGGCGCGCUCGGUGUCAUGGCGGAGCUGAAGUGUGGCAAGCCCCCUAGGUUGGGGUCGACUGAAGGAAAUAUGCCCUACAGGCAAUAAUAAAGUUGUUAUUUAUAUUUCCUUAUAUCAUGAUAAAUGUUUAUUAUUAAUGCUAGAAUUGUAUUAACCGGGAA